AUGGAGAUUUCUGUUAGAGCAGGAGGGUAUGAUGCUGACAGACCACGAGAUCCAAUUGUGCCGUGCUUAAGCACGGAUUGUGUCAGCUUGCUUCUUCUCUUCGACUGUUUCGCUUGGGCAUCGUUCCUCCUGGCAGGAUUGUUGCCACGCGGGAGCGCUUGCGCAUGGCCAAGGAAGCAUGUUGUUUUCAAGCCCCGGGGCGGGAGGUGGAUUUGCCAGAUUGCUUGUUUCUGUUCGCGACUGUUAGUUCUGUGUAUGCUGAUCCAGGACUACGCCAGCUCAGACGAGCUUCGAAAGGAGCUGCAGCAUCAAGCUCUGUUGCGCUGA